UCCAGUGAGCGGAGCCGCAGUCGGACGCCAGGGCCGGAAGCGCGGCAGCUUGGGUCGAAGCGCGCGACCGGUAACUGGAGCCGGCGGCUGUCCUCGCAGCACGCGGAGGCGAACGGGGAACCAGCACCAUGGCCGAACAGGACGUGGAGAACGAGCUUCUGGAUUACGAGGAAGAUGAAGAGCCCCAGGCUCCUCCCGAGAGCUCACCAGCUCCCCCCAAGAAAGACGUCAAGGGUUCCUACGUUUCCAUCCACAGUUCUGGCUUCCGGGACUUUCUGCUGAAGCCGGAGCUGCUGCGGGCCAUAGUGGACUGUGGCUUUGAGCAUCCGUCUGAGGUCCAGCACGAGUGCAUUCCCCAAGCGAUCCUGGGCAUGGACGUCCUGUGCCAGGCCAAGUCUGGGAUGGGUAAGACGGCGGUCUUCGUGCUGGCCACCCUGCAGCAGAUUGAGCCCGUCAACGGACAGGUGACGGUCCUCGUCAUGUGCCACACUCGGGAGCUGGCCUUCCAGAUCAGCAAGGAGUACGAGCGCUUCUCCAAGUACAUGCCCAGCGUCAAGGUGUCCGUGUUCUUCGGGGGCCUCUCCAUCAAGAAGGACGAAGACGUGUUGAAGAAGAGCUGUCCCCACGUGGUAGUGGGGACACCAGGCCGGAUCCUGGCGCUUGUGCGCAACAGGAGCCUCAACCUGAGGAACGUGAAGCACUUCGUGCUGGACGAGUGUGACAAGAUGCUGGAGCAGCUGGACAUGCGGCGGGACGUGCAGGAGAUCUUCCGCCUGACGCCCCACGAGAAGCAGUGCAUGAUGUUCAGCGCCACCCUGAGCAAGGAGAUCCGGCCCGUCUGCAGGAAGUUCAUGCAAGACCCCAUGGAGGUGUUUGUGGACGACGAGACGAAGCUCACGCUGCACGGCCUGCAGCAGUACUACGUGAAGCUCAAGGACAGCGAGAAGAACCGCAAGCUCUUCGACCUCCUGGACGUGCUGGAGUUUAACCAGGUGGUGAUCUUUGUGAAGUCCGUGCAGCGCUGCAUGGCCCUGGCCCAGCUCCUCGUGGAGCAGAACUUCCCGGCCAUCGCCAUCCACAGGGGUAUGGCCCAGGAGGAGCGCCUCUCACGCUACCAGCAGUUCAAGGACUUCCAGCGGCGGAUCCUGGUGGCUACCAACCUGUUUGGCCGAGGGAUGGACAUCGAGCGCGUUAACAUCGUCUUCAACUACGACAUGCCCGAGGACUCCGACACCUAUCUCCACCGGGUGGCCCGUGCGGGUCGCUUUGGCACCAAAGGCCUGGCCAUCACUUUCGUGUCUGACGAGAACGAUGCCAGAAUCCUCAAUGACGUCCAGGACCGGUUUGAAGUGAACGUGGCGGAGCUUCCGGAAGAAAUCGACAUCUCCACGUACAUCGAGCAGAGCCGGUAACCUGGCGCCCGACGGCCAGACCCACCCCUUUCCCCCGAGCUGCUGCAAGUCCUCUUUCUAGGUGACAGUGGGCCUUUCCUUUACCGUUUCAACGCUGUAGAUUUGUGUAAGAAUAAACUUUUAUUAUGGAA